AUGCUCAAAACACCACCACUGCAGACGGCGACUGCGACGAUAGACACGUUAUGCGGUCGCUUAGAAUCUGCGACGCUGUUGGAGGACAGGAGAGCGGCGAUACAGGGACUACGCAGUUUCGCCAAGCAGUAUCCUGCCUCGGUCGCGAGUGGCUCACUGCGAGAGCUGAUCGCAACACUCAAGAGAGAUGGACUCGGCGAGGCGGCAUCGACGAAAGGCCAGGACCGCGAGGGGCCGGAAGGCGGCGAUGUCGACACCAUCAGACUGGUGUUGGAGACGUUGUUGAUGUUGUUCAACCCAGACAGCAACUCUCCUGAGGCUGGCGACGAGAUCGCCUUCUUCCUGGCUGAUGAGUUCGCAAUGCGCCAAGACAACAUAAUCCUCCUGCUGUCUCUGCUCGAUCCCACCAGUCCGACCGCCGACUACUAUUCGCGCAAACACUCCCUCGACAUUCUGUCUGCCAUAUGUGCUGCCCGGCCCGAGCGAUUGCAGGAAUGUAUACUUUCAGCACCAUUGGGUAUAUCGCGUUUAGUGGGAGUGCUGGACGAUGGAAGAGAUGCUGUGCGAAACGCUGGCUUGCUACUGCUGGUUGACCUGACCAGUGGAGCGAAUGAAGAGCUGAGGAAGAUUGUUGCAUUUGAGGAUGUCUUUGGCAAAGUCUUCUCACUGAUACAGCUGGAAGGCGGAUUUGCAGAGGCGGGCAUCACAACGCAAGACUGCCUGAGUCUGCUUGCCAAUCUGAUUCGAGGGUCAGGAAGCAACCAGACCAUGUUCCGAGAGUCGGGGUGCGUAGGACAGCUCGUGCAACUCCUAACGCAGGCCUUCCCUCCUGACUCGACAGAAGCUGGCUUCAUUGCACAGAACAGGGAGCGGUCAACCGUGGGACUACUGCACCUGCUCAGAUUCUUCUUCGCACCUGGCGAAUCGAGCACUCCACAAAACCAAGCUGCCUUUUUCAGAGCUGGGACAGCACAGAUAUUGAUCGAUUUGAGCUUCUCGGCAGGUCUUCCACCCGGCAUUCGAACGUCAGCAAUGAGAUGCACCGCAGCCUUGAUCGAAUCGAACCCACCUCUGCAAGAACAGUUUGCAGCACUGACAGUCAUCACACCCGCAGACGCAGAACACAACGCAGAACAAGCUCAAAAGCCACAGCAGACCAACGGCACACGCCCGAAAAGCGGCUUUGGCAACAGAGGUAGUGCGAGAGCCAGCACAGAGAAUCGGAGGUCAUACAUCAUCGAGGGCCUCCUCGAUCUGACGCUCAACCAGCCGCAGGCGGAUCUUUCACUACGGGCGGCUUCAUGUGCACUUGUACAAGCAUACCUUGCCAAUCACGACAGAAUAAAGGCACACUUCUUGCAGCGCGCGACUGCUGGUCAUGCUGAGCAUGAGGAAGCAGCGAAUGUCCUCAUGGCACUCCUACACCCGUCGGAGAGCGACGCAAAUAGCGUUGUAUAUGCGUCAUGGAUCGUUCAAGAUCUCGUUGCCGACAGCCUUGAGGCAAAGACAGCAUUAACGGCGGUAAAGGAGGGCAACGAGAGCGAAGGAGAAGAUGUUAUCACUGCCAUUCAAUCACUUGGUUCUCACCUUCAAGCAUCGCUGCAGACACCGAUCAACGAGCGGACCGCUGCUGCGUACGCCAGUCUGUUGACCACAUUGCUUUGGGACUUCGCCCCUGGCAUCGACAACCUCUUAGCAGAAGGCUCGAGUCUACUCCAAGCACUUGUGGCGCUGGUCAAGACUCCAAGCGAUCCUGUCGUUACAGGGCUAGCAGCAACCUUACUGGGCACAGUCUAUGAAUUCAGCACCAAAGACUCACCUAUUUCUCGGCGCACGCUGGCACCUCUACUGCAGCAGAAGCUCGGCCGGACUAAGUAUCUGGACGCGCUUUUGCAGCUCCGACGUCAGCCUGUUGUGCGUGACUUUGACCUCGAUGCUGAGAGCGACGAGGCCAGCGAGACCAUACUCAGUCGAGUGUACGUCGACCUAUUCACAGUGGAGUACUCGCGUUUGAGGAAGGCCAUCGACAAAGACCCUGGUGUUGAGGUCUUGCCAGCUUCUGCGUCCGAGGCUGGCGUAGACCGUGAUGUCCUUGAUGACUUGCGCCAACAGAUUCAAGCUGCGAAGGAUGCACUUGCUCAGACCCAGCAAGAAGCUUUAGAGGCAAGCCAGAAAGCCGAGCAAGAUCGCAUGGCAGUGGCCAAAGAGGUGCAGACUGCGACGGCUGAGGUGGUAAGAUUACAAAAGAUCAACCAAGCUAUGCAGCAGGGGCAUGAGAAUGAAGCACAAAAGGUGCAAAGGGACCACGAGCAGCAGAAACAGACGCUCGAGGCAAGGCACAAGCAUGCUUUGACAAACGCUCGCCGAGAUGCUGAGCAUGACGUUCAAGCAAAGCUGCGCGAGAGGGAAGCUGCGGCUGCUCAAAAGGUGCAGGAACUCGAACGAAAGAUCGCGGAACUUGGGAACGCUCAUCGUACAGAGCAAAGUGGCCACAAUAAUGCCCGCCAACAGCUCGAGAGCAUCACAGGGAAGCACAACGAUCUCGUCAAACGUGAGCGCGACGUUAGCAAGCAGCUUGAAGAUCUUCAAGCGCAGCACAAUGCAGCACAAAAUAGUCUGGAAACGGCAACAGCGAGGGCCACCGCUGCCGAGGCUAAGCUUGAAGAGAUUCAGGCCGCGCUCGAAUCUACCAACGAAGAGGUCGAAAGGCUCAAGUCUCAGGUCAGCGAGCUCAAGGACGAUGUCGCUGGCAAAGAGGAAGAGCUCAAGACCGAGCGUGCUGGGUUUGCCGAUCUUGAGAAAGAGCUGGAGGCAGCCAAGCAUGCCACUUCGUCCGCGGAACAAAAGACACAAGUUGCAGAGGCUAAGCUGAAGGCCGCGCAAGAAGAACUAGAGACUGCUAAGAAGAGCGCCAAAUCGGCGGAGGAAAAGCUGAAGACUGCAGAGAAAGCCACCAAAGACGCCAAGCCCAGCAGGGCUGACAAGGAGAAGCUCGACAAACUCGAAGCAGACCUCAAAGCGGCGAAAGAUGCCCAAAAGUCGGCAGAGGAGAAGGCCAAGAUCGCCGAAGAGAAGUCAAAGACGGCGGAGAAGGCUAGCAAAGAUGCGAAGCCCAUCAAGGCCGACAAGGAGAAGCUCGAAAAGCUCGAAGCAGAACUCAAAGCAGCCAAGGAGGCCCAGAAGACUGCGGAAGAGAAGAUGAAAGCAGCCGUAGAGAAAGCUGUAGCAGCGAGCAAGAACGCCGGACCAGCAGGCAAGGGCGGUAAAGGUGCCAAAGCCGACAAGGCUGAGCAGGAGAAACUCGACAAGCUUGAAAAGGAGCUUAAAGAAGCCAAAGCCAACAACAACGCCCUCAAGGCCGAGCAAGAGAAACUCGCCGCCCUUGAAACCGAACUCAAGGAAGCGAAAGAAGGCCAGAAGUCCGCAGAGGAAGACCUCCAAUUCGCCCUCGACAGACUCAAAGCUGCUGAUGAUCGAGCCAAGGCCGCCGAGGAGAAGGCCAAGGCAGCGGAAAAUGCAUCGAGUGAUGCGAAGUCUAGUGAGAAGGAUAAGCAGAAACUUGCCAAGGUCGAGGCGGACCUCAAGGAGGCAAAGGAGAGUGAGGAGUCGGCGAAGGAGGAGCUGGAGAGUAUGUUGUUGCUUAUGGCGGAUAUUGAGAGUAAGCGGGAUGCGUACAAGGAGAAGGUCAAGGAGUUGGGUGGGGACGUCACGGAUGAGGAGGAGGAAGAUGAAGAUGAAGACGAGGACGAGGACGACGAUGAGGAGUAG